CGUGACCUAUCGCUGUUGAAGCUAGCUGAGCUCGUUACUAGCAGCUAACAGCUUCUUUAAUCGCUAACCAGGAAGUGUUUUGGCCUUACGUGGCUAUCAAGCGAAUGAAUUUAUAUUAUUUCCAUUAUUUUACAUCUUGUUUAUCACUGGGUCCGCAGCUGUUAGAAUCAAUCUGCAAGGUUAAAUGUUAUCUAAAUGGCUGCCAGCAUCAACAAUUAAACGAACAUGUGAUCCAACACCGGGGUUUACAGCACAUGAUCUGGACAAGUGGAGACAGUCAAAACAAACUGGGGUUAAUCAUUUCAAAGUGGUUGAUUAGGAAUCAAUAGCCAUGGCAGCGAAGAAAUCCACUCUGAAAGUCAUCUUGCUGGGUGACGGUGGGGUUGGAAAGAGCUCCUUGAUGAAUCGCUACGUCACCAACAAGUUUGAUGCCCACCUUUUCCACACCAUUGGCGUUGAGUUCCUAAACAAAGAACUUACUGUAGACGGGUACAAGGUCACCCUGCAGAUCUGGGACACUGCUGGCCAGGAGCGCUUCCGCAGCCUGAGAACUCCUUUUUACCGUGGCUCUGAUUGCUGCUUGCUCACUUUCAGCGUUGACGACAGCCAGAGUUUUCUCAACCUGAGCAACUGGAAAAAAGAGUUCAUCUACUACGCCGACAUCAAGGAGCCGGAAAAGUUUCCAUUUGUGGUUUUGGGCAACAAAGUGGAUGUGGCUGAGAGGCAGGUGUCUUCGGAGGAGGCUCGGGAGUGGUGCCAGGAGAAUGGGGACUACCCGUAUUAUGAGACCAGUGCCAAGGAUGCCACUAAUGUAGCAGUGGCAUUUGAGGAAGCAGUGCAUAGAGUGUUAGCAAUGGAUGACAAAACAGACUACCUCAUCUCCACGGACACAGUCAGGCUCCACAGAAAGCCUCGUUCUGCCACCACUUGCUGUUCUUAACAUCCAGAAGCUUUCACUAAUAAACCCCUGUUACGCCAUGAGACUGUAGGCGUACACUGCUGUAGUAACAAACUAUGCUACUAACACUUUUGAUUAUUUUUUUUAAGGUUUGGUGAUCAUUGUUGGACUUCUGCCAAAACAAACAGAAAAGCAAACACUAAAUUAAUCUGUCUAUUAACAAACUCAAAGCACUAACUUGUUGAUUUAGUUUCGCUCCAUUUUAAAAACUACUGGGGUCGGCCGAAGGUUUGACCAUAAAAAGGAUUCACAUCCCUCUUAAAAUAAGUACAUUCUGUGUUCAGAUGUUAAACAUUCAACAAGUGUGAUUAUUUAAUUUGAUCUUCAUGCUUGAAAUGUCAUUGUGGAGCAGGUAAUCAUAUAUUUACAUAAUUAACAUUGAAUUGCAAAGUAAAACAUUAUUUGUAGAAGCCAGUGAGCCAGUUUCAGUUCAUUAAAAGGUAUGAAUUGACUACAUUAGGUUUUGUCUGUAUGUUAUGCAUGUCAAUUGAUGCUUUAUGUUAGAAAAAUGAAGACAUAUUCCCCAUACAAGAAAUAAACACCAAAUGUUUUGUGCAUGGCCUUUUUAAUUGCAUUUUAUAUUUAUUUUUCUAACAUUUCAAAAAAUAAAAAGACUAAGCACUAUGGAGCUUUUUCUUCUAAUGAAAGUGUGAUGAAGUAGUGACCGUAUGUCAUUGUUCAAUGCUGUAUUAUUUAAAAAUAAUCCAACCGCACUCUUGUCAUAUAUGCAAAUUGGAAGACUUGAGCUACAACUUGAUUGGAAAGUGAACCAGUUAUUUACCUUAACUGUUUCUCAUUUUAGUUAUGUAUAAAGUUGUCAGCUUGAUAUACUAAAUGACAAAUAAACACCCUCAUAACUGUCUGAUUA